AUGGGGAGGAAGCUGGACCUGUCUGGUCUGACCGACGAUGAAACAGAGCAUGUCCUCCAGGUGGUCCAGCGAGACUUCAAUCUCCGCAAAAAAGAGGAGGAGCGUCUCAGUGAGAUGAAGCAGAAGCUGGAUGAGGAAGGCAGCAAGUGCAGCAUCCUCUCCAAGCACCAGAAGUUCGUGGAGCACUGCUGUAUGCGUUGCUGCUCGCCCUUCACCUUCCUUGUCAACACCAAGCGCCGGUGUGGGGACUGUAAGUUCAACGUCUGCAAGAGUUGCUGCUCCUACCAGAAGCACGAGAAGGUGUGGAUCUGCUGUGUCUGCCAGCAGGCAAGGGUUCUCAGGACCCAGUCUCUGGAAUGGUUCUACAAUAACGUGAAGAGUCGCUUCAAACGCUUUGGCAGCGCCAAGGUCUUAAAGAACUUGUACAGGAAACAUCGGCUGGAGACUGGGGUCUGCUUUGACAUCGUGGGAGGAAACUUCUUUGAGGCAAACCUGGAGAAUGAAGGAAGUGUUUCAGGCAGUGACUCAACAUUUUACAGGCAGUCAGAAGGACACAGCAUGAUGGACACCUUGGCUGUCGCCCUACGGGUGGCCGAAGAGGCCAUUGAGGAAGCCAUCUCCAAAGCAGAAGCCUACGGGGACAGCCUGGACAAGCAGAAUGAGGCCAGUUACCUGCGGGACCACAAGGAGGAGCUGGCCGAGGAGCUGGCCACAACCAUCCUGCAGAAGAUCAUAAGGAAACAGAAGAGCAAAAGUGAGCAGCGCGUGGAAGACGAGCCGGAGUGGCCGCAACCCCAGAGCUGCGGGGCAAAGGCAGCUGACGAGGGGACCACAGCCUCCCCAGGGGGGCCCCAAGCUUCCACCACCUUCUGGCGGUCGCAGUCUGCACUCUCACUCAGCAGAGAAGAUGCCCUGAGGACCCCUUCGCUGGAGGCUGCCUCAAGGCAGCCAAGGGGCCAGCACUCGAGGGAGGAGGAGGCGUUACCCAGCUGGAAGAGCGUGGACAGGCUGGACCAGACAAUUGUGGCCCCAGUUCUGCAGAGCCCCGAUGGGAAUUGGAUGGCCCUGAAGGAUGGGGCUCUGCCCCAAACCCGCCUGCUGGCCAAACCUAAGAGCGGCACGUUUCAGGCCCUGGAAGCAGCCUCCAGCGUGGCAUCCGCCUACGAUGAGCUGGGCUCCGACAGCGAGGAGGACUUUGACUGGAGGGAGGCCUUGAGCACGCUGUGCCUGCAGCCCCGGGCUCUGCCCAGGGAACCCCAGACUCAGCUCACACAGGUUCUGGGCUCAGACCAAGGCCCCUCUGCCUCCUCUGGGCCCUCACCCAACCCCGAGGCCAUGUGGUCUGACUCGGAGACCUCCUCGGUGGGCUCAUCCCGGGAAGCUGGGCACCGGGCCAGGCUGUCCUGGUUGCAGAGGAAGGCCCCCCGGAACCCUGCAGCCGAGAAGAUGCGCCUACAAGGAGAGGUGGAUGUGAACUUCAACCUUCAGGCAGCUGGCAGGGAGACCUCAGACAGCAGCGAGCCCGAGGAGGCCCCCCAUGCCACAGAUCGGAGGGCCCGAAGGUGGAGGAGGGCCCGGGGGGGCUCCGAGGAGCUAAGCAAGGAAUUGCCUUCCCCCAGUGGCCAUCCCCCGGAGCUGGACACACAUCAGGUGUCAGGUGAUUUAUCAGAGACUGACAUCAGCAGUGAGGCUCGGCACCCCCGGGCCGGCACAGACACUGCAGAAGAGAAACGGAGGACCAGGCUGUACGAGCUAGCAAUGAAAAUGAGUGAGAAGGAGACUUCUUCUGGGGAGGAUCAGGAAUCCGAGCCCAAGACCGAGUCUGAGAACCAGAAGGAAAGUCUGUCCUCUGAAGACAACAGCCAGAGUGUCCAGGAAGAGCUGAAGAAGAAGUAUUCUGCUGUUUCUCUCUGCAACAUCUCCACAGAAGUCCUGAAAGUCAUCAACGCCACGGAGGAGUUGAUCGCUGAGUCUGCAGGGCCCUGGGAGUUCCCACCUGUCCCUCCUGACAGAGAGAAGGGGACAUUUCCUCUUGGGACAGACCAAGUGAGGCUGGAUGAGCAGCUGACUUCCCUGGAGGAAAAUGUGUACCUGGCGGCAGGCACCGUGUACGGACUCGAAGGCCAGCUGAGUGAGCUAGAGGACGCCGCCCGAUGCAUCCACAGUGGCACAGAUGAAACUGAACUGGCAGAUCUGGAGGACCAGGUGGCCACGGCAGCAGCCCAGGUCCACCACGCUGAGAUCCAGAUUUCUGAUAUUGAGAGCCGGAUUUCAGCCCUGACCAAUGCAGGGUUGAACAUAGCACCCUGUGGGCGCCUCACCAGAAAACGAACCCAGAAGCAAAGGAACCAGGUACAAACCAUAGACACAUCGAGGCAGCAGAGGAGGAAACUGCCUGCUCCGCCCGUGAAAGCUGAAAAAAUUGAGGCAUCUUCAACAACCACCAUUAAAACAUUUAACCGCAACUUCAUUCUCCAAGACUCCUCAACAAACGGGACUAAAGAAAGGAAUAGCACCCCCAAGGAUUUGAUAGAGCCCACCCUGGAGUCAGCUGUGAUGUAUUAG